AUGUCGGUACUGAAGAAGAAAUUGAAAUCUUUUCACGAAACUUUUCCCUAUUGCGCUUUUGCACUUGCGUGUGCACUAAUAUACCCAAAUCGCGCAAAUAAUCGUAAAAGAGUUAUAACAUUUGGUAUUCUAAUGAGUUUUGAUUCAUUAAUGCUGUUUUGGUUUGUUUCGAAUUUAGCCAUAUGUGCGUACACCUUCGACAAAUACGACCUCUCACGAAAUCUUUCUGUUGGUAUCGUAGUCGCAGUAUUCUUUUUCAAAUUCUUUUACGUGUACAUCAAAAAUGAUAAGUUUGCGGACUUAUUGGCAAACAUUACUGACGAUCUUUUAAAAGGCAAUGACAUGGACGAAGAUUACCAAGCAAUAUACGAGGAAUAUAUAAAGCUCGGCAAAAUUGGUCAAACUUGUUGGAUUAUCAUCCCAAUUUUGUUGAGUACGCAGUUUCCGAUAUAUGCAACUGUCCUUAUGAUUUACGAGAGUUUAACAAAAGACGAUGGAGAGCGAUACAUGGUCCACGAAAUGAGACUACAAUUCAUUGACAAUAAAAAAUAUGAAACGCCUUAUUUUGAAGUUGUAUUUAUAUACAGCCUUGUGCAAUGCGUUGUUUUAUGUCCAAACUUUGCUGGUUUAGAUGGGUCAUUUUGCAUUGCAAGUAACCACUUAUGUUUGAAAAUAAAAUUAUUAGCUCAUAAGGUACAUAGAGCAUUCAAAGAUUCAAAUAAUAGAUAUCAGUUGGAAAUGAAUGUAAAAGAGGCUGUAAAAGAGCACCAAGAAGCUAUAAAAUUUUACAACGAUCUGCAACACGUAUACGGGGGCUGGCUUUUUAUUGUAUUUUUAUUGACAUCGAUAUUAAUUUCAAUGAAUCUAUAUCAGAUUCACUUGAGUGAAAGCAUUGACACCAAAUACACAAUUUUUGCUGUAAGUGCUGUGAUUCACAUGUUUACACCAUGCUAUUUCGCAUGCAACGUAAUGAAGGUAAGUGAGGAGUUGAGCUGGGAUAUUUAUGAUGUCCCAUGGGAGUCGUGGGCGGAUCCUGUUGUAACAAAACUCUUAAUAUUCAUGAUAGCGAAAUCUCAGGAAACGUUUAUACUCUCUGGGAAAGGCAUUGUGUACUUUAAUAUGCAGCUGUUUAUCUCUGUCUUACAAACCGGUUACUCUUUCUUUACGCUAAUUUCUAGUUAA